AUGGUAGAAAACAAAUUAGUUUCGCUUCUAGCUGAAAAGGAAAACGGUUCUGUUGUUAAUGAAAGCUUAACUCAAAAUGCUACAAUACGUUAUCCUAAUAAUAAUCCUGAGCUUAUAUCCCGAUUUAUGAUGGGAAUAUUAAAAGCUGACAGAAAACAUGUAAUAGCUAAAUGUAAAAAACGAACAUCGUGUGUGAUUUGUGGGAAGAAACACCACAUACUUUUAUGUAGAAAUAUCCAAGCUGAAUCAAAAUCUCCAGUUCCUGUUAGCACGAAUAAGGAUGAAAAUACGGAUGCAGUACCUGAACGAGAUGAAACCCUCGCCAAUUUGGCGAGAACAACAAAUGUGUUUUUGCAAACUUUAACGGUUACAUUGAAAGGGCGAGAUAGAAAGCGCCAGGCCCGUGCUAUUAUCGAUUCAGCUUCACAGAGAUCUUAUAUUUUAAAAAGCACUGCAGAUGAAAUGAAAUUUGAGAGUACAUCUAAAGAAAGAUUGAGCCAUUCAUUAUUUGGCGGGUCAUGUACUGAUGUCAUAAACCACGAUGUUUUUACAGUGUUCUUGUCUAAAACGGAUGGAACUUAUCAUUGUAACUUCAAAGCUCUUAGCCAAGAUAUUAUUUGUGGAAGUAUACCACCAGUUGCUAUACGCGAGUGGAUUCGAGAGCUUAAAGAGAACAAUAUUUCCGUAUGCGACGAUAGUAAUGGACCAAUAGAAAUACUUAUCGGCGCUGACAUUGCAGGCAAGUUGAUGACCGGAGGAUUUAAAUUGCUUACUUCAGGCCUUGCUGCUAUAGAAACUAAACUUGGUUGGACUCUUUUUGGGAAAAAUGGUAUGCGUGAGAUCUCGGACAAUUGCGCACUGCUCGUCACAUCCAUGUUGAAUAAGAAAAUAUUGAUAUCCGAUCUAUGGUCUCUAGAUUCACUUGGAAUUCUAGAUCCCUCAGAGAAGAAAAGUAAACUGGAGCUUCAAGAAGAAGCAAGAGAUCAUUUCUUGUCUACUGUAAAGGUGAACGAAGAGGGACGUCUUCAAGUCAGCUUGCCAUGGCUUGAUAACCAUCUACCGUUAAAAGAUAACUAUGACUUAGCUGUAAAGAGAUUAGCUUCUACAGUAAAACGACUAAAAGCUGAGAAACUUUAUGAUGCUUAUGGAGAAGUUUUUAGUGAAUGGGAACGAGAAGGCAUCAUAGAAGAAGAAGUACCAAAAAGCGAAAUUGAUGUAACAUGCCAUUAUCUACCACAUCGACACGUAGUAAAAGAAAACAGUACUACACGAAUCAGGCCAGUGUUUGAUGCCUCGGCCAAACAAAAAGGAUCACCUAGUCUCAAUGAUUGUCUAGAAAAAGGUCAGAACCUUAUCGAACUGAUUCCUUCAAUUCUUCAUAGAUUCCGAAUGAACAGAAUAGGAGUUUCUGCAGAUAUACGAAAAGCAUUCUUACAAAUAAGUCUCAACCCUAAGGAUAAAGACUAUCUAAGAUUCUUAUGGUAUAGAACUGAUGGAAAACUGAAGUAUUACAGGCAUUGUAGGGUAGUAUUUGGAGUUACAAGCAGCCCCUUUCUUGCUAGUUUCUGUAAUUCACCAUCUUCUAGAAUCCACUUUGAAACAACUAAAUGGAAACCCAAAGUAUAA